CGUGAGGUUUAUUUAUUCAUAUUGGUCGUUAAUAUUAAUUGCUUAAAAUCAGACGUCAUCAGAAAUAGGUGAUGAGGUGCAAACGGUCUUUAGUGUCUUGUAUGAAGAUCAAGAUACACGACAAUUUUGUAAAAUUGAAUUAAAACCAUUAAAAAGAGUGCCAAAAUGGGGGUAAUUAAUUACUAAAAUUGGUGAUUAAUAGUACCUAUUUAGUGCAAGUGGUUGUGAACAAUUGUGAUAAAAAUCCAAAAUGAAAUUUUACGGUAUUUUCCGAGAAGGCAGCAAAGUCAACCAAGUGAUAUGUGCCGUUUUAAUAAAUCUGCCGGUCUUGGCGUAUGGAGCCAGCAUAGGAUGGAUGUCCCCUAUGUCUCUACUCCUACAGUCUGACCACUCGCCAAAAGGAAUUCCCCUUACUGAUGCAGAGGUGUCUUACAUGGCGUCCGCUCCAUAUUUAGUAUGUAUAGUGUUCGACUUGGUUAUGGCCUACGUUGGAGAUAAAGUUGGGAGAAAAUUGGCUCUCAUGUUACUCUCUAUGGCACUCGCGACAAGCUGGAUAAUAUUGUUGUGUUCGUUCGAAACGUGGGCCCUCAUCUUCGCUAGAUCACUGGUCGGCGUCACGAUGGCGGGAUGCUUCGUCAACUGUCCCGUCUAUACGAAGGAGAUCAGCGAUGCCACUAUCCGGGGAGCCCUGGGAUGUUUGGUAGUUUUAUUUCAAACCACAGGAAACCUUUUCCUCUAUAUUAUAGGCGAUUUACUAAGCUAUAGAACAACACUAUGGAUCUGUUUGGCCCUACCUACAAUUCACAUGGUAGUUUUCGUGUUCAUGCCAGAGUCACCAUCUUACCUUGUGAAAAAGGGUAGAAUUGAAGAAGCCACCAAAGCCUUGGCAUGGCUUCGUUGCAGAUCUGCGUCAGAUAUGAAAGUUCAAGAAGAAAUACAACUCAUAAUGAAAGAGCAGAAUAACGACAAAAGUGUCAACAAAUUUUUCCUUAAAAAUAUUUUCACCGAUCAAAUUCUUUUGAAGGCUUUCCAAAUUGCUAUGGUAGUAACUCUGGCUAGAGAGGUGUGCGGUGCUAUACCAGUCCUCAACUUCGCUGGAGACAUUUUCACCUUGGCCUCCAAGGAUGGAGGAUUGGUCCUUAGUCCAAAUCAGCAAGCCAUGCUUCUUGGAGCAGUUCAAGUUAUCGGAUCCAUACUAGCAUCUAGUGUGGUAGAGAGGAGUGGUAGAAAGCCACUACUGUUCGUAACUUCGUUGAUCUCUGGGCUGAGUAUGUGUUUGCUCGGUUCUUGGUUCCUGCUACGUGAUUAUGAAAUCCAUGCCCCUUCGUGGUUACCGCUGAUGACGCUAUGUAUUUGUAUAUUUUGCGACGCGUCAGGACUUCAGCCCAUUUCAAUUGUGCUAACAGGAGAAAUAUUUUCUUACAAGUACCGUGGAAUUGUUAUGGGAGUAGCGAUGGCCUUGGCCUCAGUGUCAGAUUUCCUUCAACUGCUAUUCUUUAAGCCUUUAGCAAAAACUGUGGGCAUACACGUAUCGUUCUUCUUUUUCGGUAUCGUCUGUUUGCUGACAUCGUUAUACGUCAUAGUAGUCAUCCCAGAGACCAAAACAAGAUGUCUCGAAGAUAUUUACGAAGACCUUAAGAAAAAUAAGACCAACGAGGACAAGACACCGAUAGAAAUUAAAGAUGAAAUUACUAGAUUUUAAUUGAAAAAAUCAUUGACCUCCUCCUCUUAUAAUAAAAGGACGCACAAUCAUGUAGAAAAUUUCACUUAAAAACUUUUAAAUUUUGCUUUGACAGUUUUAGAAUUAUUGGUGAAGAAAAUCCUUUAAAUAUAGUCCAAUAUUCAGUAAUUUUUUUUUCAAAUUCAGAGUAAAUUCAGCCUUAUUAAUUGAGUUUAAGGUUGAAUUUGCAAAUGCGACUACUUGAAUUGAGUGCCAUGAAGUUGUGUUUGGCAUUCAUGGAGUGGGGACGUUUUCUGGUUGCUGAUUUUGCAUCCUCUUUUUAAUAGGAGAUCGAUGGAGAAAAUGUUAUGUUAGUAUCGUAACUUUGUAGCGUUAUUUUUACGUCCAUCGUUUUUUGUAAUUGUUUAAAUAAUUUAUAUGUGUAUUAAAAAAAAUAAAAAUUUUGAUUUUAA